AUGGUUCAGGAAGCCCUCGAUAAAGGGAUAGAUCCGUCCACAGUUUAUCCCAAUAUUCCCGAUGUUACCGCAGCUCUUCAACUGCUCACCAUUGGACGUCCCCCAGAAUGUCCCAGCUACCUUAUGCUGGCGAAGAUCAACUGGGAUCACUUUGGGGCUGAUGCUCGCGUGGCAUAUAACGCUUGCCACUCUUACGCAUUGCAGGUGGCUGCGGGAGGGAAUCUCCAACUAGCUUAUGCUUUGAACGCAUUCGGCGAUCAUUUCCUCCAAGACUCGUUCGCAGCCGGCCACAUGAGAACUCCACGGCGUAAACUUCACGACAGUACCGGAUUUGCUGAUCUAUGUGCCAAAUUCAUGCAUGAUGAAGACAACGCGAUUGGUCUCUCCGUUAAAAACCCUGCGGGCAGAACCUGGGACACAUUCGGCGACAAGCGCCUACUCGAUAAAGAAGACGUUGCCAACAAGAACGAAGCGUGGAAUGCUGUUCGAACCUCCGCCGAUGAAAUCUAUCAGGCUUGGAAGACAAAAACUGUACCACCUUUCCCGGCCUAUGGCGCAUGGAACUGGGCACCGAUCUUGGAGCAGAUUCAACAGAAUCAGUUGAUUGCGCCACUCUUCCGUCCUGAUGGUCAGCGACGAGCUGAUAUCAGGAAGCGCUGCGAGUAUAAAUUCACCAAUAAUUAUUGGUAUUGGUCCACCGCGGCGGAUUGCAAGAAGAGUGGACUGUGGGACUACCCUAUCAAACCCACGGCUGAUUGCAAAAGGUAA